UAUUCCCUUUUGUAUCCCAUCUACAAACAAGAUGCUGUAGAGCUGAAACGUGUGGUCACACAAGCUAUUUCGUUGUUUGGGGUGCCAAAGCUUAUGAUUACGGACAAAGGGCGGAUGUUCGAGUCAAAUGAUUUCGUAACAUGGAUAAAUGAGCUAGGUUGUAGUCUUCACUACAUAACCCCCGAAAUGCAUCACGCUAAUGGUCAAGCGGAGCGAUAUAUGCGGACAGUACUUAACAUGUUACGUAUACAAGCGAACCACAAAAACGUACCGUGGUCCAGCACUUUGUGGAAACUUCAACUUGUGCUUAAUAUUGCAAAGCAAAAAACCACGCAAGUCUCUCCGUUAAAUCUUCUGAUCGGCACGGAGGCAACGACGCCUAUUAUUCGUGCAUUGGUGCGCGAUGUGGCUGUCGAAGGUUCGUCACCCAACCGGGAGGCCCUGCGGGAAAUCACCAGAGACAGAGCUCGCCGGCUGUUAAGAAGCAACCAAGCUAAGCAAGACGAACAAGUUAACCGACGGCGUCGUCCACCUCGUCAGUUUAACCUUAAUGAUGUUGUGUUCGUCAUAAAGUUUUCGCAGUCUACGGGGAAGCUUGAUCCCGGCAUGCGCGGCCCUUAUAAAGUGGUUGACGUGCUGCCUAGCGGACGUUAUACGCUUCGCUUGCUGAGCGGAGGCUACGGCAAGACUACGCAGGCAGCGGCGCAAUAUAUGGUGCCGUGGCACGGCGAAUGGUGCCCAGAAACGUGUGCUGCAUUUUUUGAGAACGAGAAUUCUGAAGAUGACGAGACCACACCAGCAGCAUCUACUCGUCCGGCUGACCCUUCGAUGCCCCUGCUGGACGCUGACCCAGAACCUGAACAGUCGGCGCCAGGCGUAGCAGGUCCCAGUGGCACCACCCGAAGAACAUGUGUCGAGGACGACACACAGUCAGGAGAGGCCGUGUAAGGAACUGCCUGGCUACGUCAUCAAACUACCGGGCGUCGUUUAUAAAAACCAACGCCGCGUGUACCGGAGCCCAUUUGCUUCUCGGCGCUCGGAACGGACGGUUGUCUGGAGGAAUCUCUGUCGGUCGAUUGAAGGUCACGUGAGCUAUUUUUAUUUAUCUCUAUUUCUUGUUAAAUAAGUGUGCAAUUGUUAUUUUUAUGUAAUUAAAAUUAUUUUGAGUUGUUGCAAAUAAAUGUUUAAAAUUAAUA